AUGUGUGACGUGGAGCUGGUGAAGAAGAUGCUGCGCGCCGUGCUGCAGAGCAGUAAGAGCGGCGUGGCGCUGUCGCGGGUGCAGGCGGAUUACCGCGCUCUGACCGGAGACUUCGUCCCGCACACGCAGCUCGGCUACAGGAACCUGGAGAGCUUCCUCAGGAGCGUUCCCGAUGUGGUGCAGCUCCGACAUUCCCACACCGGAGAGGUGAUGUGCUUUGCGGCCGUGUGUAAGGAAACGGCUCACAUCGCUCAGCUGGUCUCUCGGCAGAAGAACUCGAAGAAGAGCUCCGGUCGCUCUCAGCUGCUGAACUGUCGCAUGAGGACGAAGUCUUCCUCGCUGUUCACCCACAGCGCUAAUCCUCGCUCGUCCCUGAGGCAGCCUGGUCACAUGACCUCACACAGCUCCCGGCCGCAGUCUUCAGGCUCGCGCUUCGGCCCACAAGGCGACCAGCGCCAGGCGUAUAGCACCAAGCCAGGCUCCACCCACCAGGGCAAGAAGCCCACAGGGCCAGUAAUCCAACAGGAUGUGACCAUUCGCCCGUCCAGCAAGAGCCAAAGCACAGAGGGCGACGUGGAGCUGUUUCAGAGCCGUGUAAAGCAGCUCCUGCAGAAGUACAGCAGCGGUGUGUGGCUCUCCAAACUGCCUCAGCUCUACAGCGCCAUGUUCAAUCAGGAGCUUCCUCCAUAUACACACACACUGCUGGAGAGCUGGACACACAUCUGCACCGUGGAGAAGCCGGGGGGUGGUAACGUAGCAGGGCGUCUGGUUUACCCCACUAAAGACCCGUAUCCGAACCCCCACACCCCUCCAUCUGCCCCGCAGAAAUCUUUCCAUAUCCCCAGCACCAUCCCACAAUCCCCAACGUCUCCGACGCUGAAGCCCGCGAGGCCGCUCACCCCCGAGUCCCUGAGCCGCUCCCUGCCCACCCCUCCGGCCACGCCCCCUGCCCCGCUGUCUCAGCACCUGAAACACAAAGUGCGGGAGCUGCUGAAUAAAUACAGCCACGGCCUGUGGGCUCACGCUCUGCCCCGCCUCUUUCAGGAAGUCUUCAGGUGUGAUUUCCCACAGUCGCUGCUGGACGAUCUCUCUCCUCUGGCCGACACGUGCGUGAUCGAAUAUCCGAUGCCGCAAAAUCGCAACAAAGCUAUCUUAUACACCCUGCCCACUGUGAGCGUGCCUUCUAAGCCCCGCCCACAGCCCAGGUCACGCAUCAUCGCCCGCUACGGCAACCCGGAGGUGCCACAGCUGCCCCUGCCCAAGGAGGAGUUCCCGUCCGUGCUGGUGAUGGAGGCCAACAGCACCAACAACGUCAUAUUCAGGUAUGUGGGCGAGGAAUAUUCUCAGGCUCUGGAGAAGAUGGAGGAGGCCAUGCUGGAGUUUUACCACAGCGCAGGGGCGGGGCUUAGCCUCGCCUCUCCUACAGUCGGUCAGCUGGUGGCGGUUGCCGUGGACGACGAGACCGUGCUCCGAGCUCAGGUGCACCAGAUCACAGAGAAUGAUGUGAAGGUGUACUGCGUGGAUCACGGUUUCUCUGAGAUGGUGAACAGCGAGAAGUUGCUGCAGCUCACUGAUAGGUUCCUCACACUGCCGUUCCAGGCCACCAGCUGCCAGCUCGCAGGUCUGGAGCUUUUCAGUGAGGACGCGGUGGUGCUGAAGACUCUGGAGCUGUUAGCACGUGGCAGAACACUAUUGGCCGAGCUGGUGGAGCGAGAGACUCCGCCCCUCAUUGUGUUGUACGACACGUCAGACGAGACGGACGUUAACGUAAACGCCGCGUGCCUCAGCGCGCUGCAGGACAAAACCAUGCAGAAUCCACUGCAGGUGAACAGCUCGUACUCGAACGUGUGCGUGACGAACGUGGGCUCUGACGGCAGCGUGUUCUGUCAGCUUCCAUCACGAGGCCUCUCCAAGCUCCGAGGCCUCAUGGACAAGAUCGAGUCGUACUUCCUGUCUCAGGUUUCAUGGGAGCUGUUGGUGUCUAAGCCGUUCUGUGGUAAAGUGUGUUUGGCACGACACAAAGGGAAAUGGGCCCGAGUGGAGAUCACUAACCUGCACGGCAGCCGUGUUCUGGACGUAGAGUUUGUGGAUUUGGGAUUUCCUGCUUCUCUGGAGCUCAGUGAGCUGAGAGAGAUUCCAGCAGUGUUCGUCAGCGAACUCCUCACCAUACCGACACAGGCUGUUAAGUGCCGUUUAGCCGCAGUGGAACUAAAUGAAGACAUUUGGCCUCCUGAUGUUGUUCUGUGGCUCAGAGAGACACUGAUCAACGCUCCUGAGUGCACAAUGAAGAUAUCCAGUCUGGACUCAGCAGGUCAGGUCCAGGUUUAUCUGUUCCUUGGCUCUGAAGCUCAUGAUCCUACCUCUAGCAUUAACCUGCAGCUCCCGUUAUCCACCGCCCCGGUUUGCCACCCCGUCACCACGGUUACCGUCCCGGCCCCGCCCCAGUCGGGCGACUCCUCCUGGAGUUCCGGCCCCCUUGCCAUGCCUCCAGUGCUGGAGCUGCCUGAGGAAGGGCAGACCCUGGACGUGUUCGUGUCGGUGGCGUGUCACCCGGGACACUUCGUGCUGCAGCCGUGGCAGGAGCUGUACAAGCUGGUGGUGCUGAUGGGGGAGAUGAUCCUCUACUACAACCGACAGGAGGCCGCGCCCAUCACCGCCGAGAAGAACAACAUCUACGCCGCCAAGAUCGACAGCAAUUGGCACCGUGUCUUGGUGAAGGGCGUGCUGUCGAACUCUCUGGUCUCCGUAUACGAGCUCGAUUACGGGAGGCACGAGCUCGUACACACCUCUCAGCUCCGCCCCCUCAUUAAUGAAUUCAGGCAGCUGCCCUUCCAGGGAAUCGCCGCGCAGCUCGCAGGAGUGCGGCUCGGCGGCUGGAGCGAGGAAGCCGCCAUCGUGUUCCGCAACCACGUGGAGCGUCGGCCGCUGGUGGCGCUGAUCCACUCCAUCCAGCAGGGGGCGCAGCCUUGGGAGAGGAAACUGUCCGUCUACCUGGUGGACACGUCGCAGGACCACAGCGACGUCUGGAUCCACGACAUCAUGGCUGAGUUCACAGACGAAACCAACAGCGACGCAUAACGCUCAUUGUCCUCUAGAUUUAUACAGACGUCACGUUUAUACUGAAUCCACGGCUGUGUCCCAAACUGCUGAACGUAGCCCAGAUAGUCACAUGGUCCAAAACUUUAAAAAAAAAAAAAAAAAAACGGGGGUAUAUAACGAAACAGUUUCAGGGCUGCGUGUCAAAUCACGUACUGAUGCACUAAAUAGUAUGUGUGUUAAAAAAAAGUUAAAUAAAUAAAUAUUAUCUUGAAAUGCGAUGGACGUGCGGUUUGAGACGAAGCCCCCGAAGGACCCGCCUCCGUUUGGGCCACAGCUUCGACCCAAGCGUUUACUUUUCAUCAGGACUGGAAUCAGACCCGUUUUAAAUGAUCCUCAGGCUGCAUCCCGAACCGCACCUGAAUGCACGUGUUUACGACAGGAAGCCAUACUGUGAUUUGGGACGCGAAACGUUCUAAUUAGAACGGUUCUAGGGCUGCGUCCCAAUCCACCCCAUACCUCUAUAUGAACUAAUGACCCAAUACCCAAUACUAAGGAAGUUUCACUGAUAAUAAUAAUAAUAUUAAUAAAAAUAGCAGUCAAAAUAUGUAAUACUUUCUACCUUUGAGUUGUUCUCUAGAACGUGGAGCGGCUCCGUGAGUUUAUUCAUUACGGUUCUUCGGAUAACUCACUCCGCGUGUAAAUAUGUUUCAGCUUAUUGAGAAAUUAAUUUCGCCCGAAAGACGCCGCUCGCCGUCCUCCACUCGUCCCUCCGUCCCCGAGAGCUUCUUCUUCUUCUCUUUCUCCGUUUGCAGAGGUUUUGUGUUUGAUUUGUGUGUGUGAUGCUCUACUGAGACUCUAACACUGAAAUUUAUUUCAUCUUUUUGCACUUGCUGGUGUGUUUUUCUUUUUUUGUGUGUGUUAAAUUUUGUGGUGUGUGUGUGUGAUUCGUACUAAACUGGAAAAAGAGAAAACUGCCUGAGUUGUAAAGGAAUGUGUUCAGUUUGUCAAGAUUUGUUCAUAUGUUUUAUUAAAUACAGAAUAGUAAUGGUG